AUGCCGCCGCGGUCCCGCGCCGCCGCACUGAGGCCCGCGCUUCUCGUGCCGCUCGCCUGCGCGCUGCUGCUGCUGGUGCCGCCGUGCCACUGCGUCAACGAGCAGGGCCAGGCGCUGCUGCGAUGGAAGGACACGCUGCGCCCGGCGAGCGGCGCGCUGGCGUCGUGGCGCGCCGCGGACGCCAGCCCGUGCCGGUGGUUCGGCGUGUCCUGCGACGCGCGCGGCGACGUCGUCGGGCUGGGCAUCACCUCGGUCGACCUGCAGGGCCCGCUCCCGGCCAACCUGCAGCCGCUGGCGGCGUCGCUGAAGACGCUGGUGCUCUCCGGCACGAACCUCACCGGCGCGAUACCGAAGGAGAUCGGCGGGUACGGCGAGCUGACCACCCUUGACCUCAGCAAGAACCAGCUCACCGGCGCGAUCCCGCCCGAGCUGUGCCGGCUCGCGAAUCUCGAGUCGCUCGCGCUCAACUCCAAUUCCCUGCGCGGCGCCAUCCCCGACGACAUCGGCAACCUCGCCAGCCUGACGUACCUCACCCUCUACGACAACGAGCUGAGCGGACCCAUCCCGGCGAGCAUUGGGAAGCUGAAGAAGCUGCAGGUGCUCCGCGCCGGCGGGAAUCAGGGGAUGAAGGGACCUUUGCCGCCGGAGAUCGGCGGCUGCACCGACCUCACCAUGCUCGGCCUCGCGGAGACCGGCGUCUCCGGGAGCCUUCCGGAGACGAUCGGGCAGCUCAAGAAGAUUCAGACCAUUGCCAUCUACACCACUUUGCUCUCCGGCCGGAUCCCGGAGUCCAUCGGCAACUGCACCGAGCUCACCAGCCUGUAUCUCUACCAGAAUUCUCUCUCCGGGCCGAUACCGGCGCAAAUUGGGCAGCUCAAGAAGCUCCAAACGCUGCUUCUGUGGCAGAACCAGCUCGUCGGCGCAAUUCCCCCGGAGCUCGGACAGUGCAAGGAGCUCACGCUCAUUGACCUGUCGCUGAAUUCCCUUACCGGGAGCAUUCCGGCGAGUUUGGGCGGGCUGCCGAAUCUCCAGCAGCUGCAGCUGAGCACGAACCAGCUGACCGGCGUCAUCCCUCCGGAGCUCUCCAACUGCACGUCGCUGACGGACAUCGAGGUCGACAACAACGCGCUGUCCGGGGAGAUCCGCCUCGACUUCCCGAGCCUGCGCAACCUCACCCUGUUCUACGCGUGGAAGAACCGGCUCACCGGCGGCGUGCCGGCGAGCCUCGCCGAUGCGCCCAGCCUGCAGGCGGUUGACCUGUCGUACAACAAUCUCACCGGCCCGAUCCCGAAGGAGUUGUUCGGGCUCCAGAAUUUGACGAAGCUGCUGCUGCUGAACAACGAGCUGUCCGGGUUCAUACCUCCGGAGAUCGGCAACUGCACCAGCCUCUACCGCCUCCGGCUCAACGGCAACCGGCUCUCCGGCACGAUACCCGCCGAGAUCGGCAAUCUGAAGAACCUUAACUUCCUCGACAUGAGCGAGAACCACCUCGUCGGCCCUGUGCCCGCGGCCAUUUCCGGGUGUGCCAGCCUCGAGUUCCUCGACCUGCACUCAAAUGCUCUGUCCGGCGCAUUGCCGGAGACGUUGCCCCGCAGUCUCCAGCUGAUUGACGUCUCCGACAACCAGCUCGCUGGGCCGUUGAGCUCCAGCAUCGGGUCAAUGCCGGAGCUGACGAAGCUGUACUUGGGUAAGAACCGGCUGACCGGCGGCAUACCACCGGAGCUCGGUUCGUCCGAGAAGCUCCAGCUGCUGGACCUCGGCGGCAACGCGUUCACCGGUGGCAUCCCAGCAGAGCUCGGGAAGCUACCGUCGUUGGAGAUUUCGCUUAACCUCAGCUGCAACCGGCUCUCGGGGGAGAUACCGUCGCAGUUCGCCGGCCUCGACAAGCUCGGCAGCCUGGACCUGUCGCACAACGAGCUCUCCGGCACCUUAGAACCGCUCGCGGCGCUGCAGAACCUCGUCACGCUCAACAUCUCCUACAACGCCUUCUCCGGCGAGCUCCCGAACACUCCGUUCUUCCAGAAGCUUCCCCUCAGCGACCUCGCCGGCAACCGGCACCUCGUCGUCGGCGACGGGUCUGACGAAUCCUCGCGGCGCGGGGCCAUCUCAUCACUAAAGGUAGCGAUGUCCGUGCUUGCCGCAGUCAGCGCGCUGCUCCUGGUUGCCGCCACCUACAUGCUCGCCCGCACGCACCGCCGCGGCGGCGGGCGCAUCAUCCACGGCGAGGGCACGUGGGAGGUGACGCUGUACCAGAAGCUCGACAUCACCAUGGACGACGUGCUCCGCGGGCUGACGUCCGCGAACGUGAUCGGCACCGGCAGCUCGGGGGUCGUGUACAAGGUGGACACCCCGAACGGCUACACCCUGGCCGUGAAGAAGAUGUGGUCGUCGGACGAGGCGACGUCGGCCGCUUUCCGCAGCGAGAUCGCAGCGCUGGGCUCCAUUCGGCACCGCAACAUCGUGCGGCUCCUCGGGUGGGCCGCGAACGGCGGCACCCGGCUGCUAUUCUACAGCUACCUCCCCAACGGCAGCCUGAGCGGGCUCCUCCACGGCGGCCUCGCCGCCAAGGGCGCGCCCGCGGACGAGUGGGGCGCGCGCUUCGACGUCGCGCUCGGCGUCGCCCACGCCAUCGCGUACCUCCACCACGACUGCGUGCCGGCCAUCCUCCACGGCGACGUCAAGUCCAUGAACGUGCUGCUCGGCCCGGCCUACGAGCCGUACCUCGCCGACUUCGGCCUCGCCCGCGUCCUCUCCGCCGCCAGCUCCAAGCUCGACACCGGCAAGCAGACGCGCAUCGCCGGCUCGUACGGCUACAUGGCACCAGAAUACGCGUCGAUGCAGCGGAUCAGCGAGAAGAGCGACGUGUACAGCUUCGGCGUGGUGGUGCUGGAGAUCCUGACGGGGCGGCACCCGCUGGACCCGACGCUGCCGGGCGGCGCGCACCUGGUGCAGUGGGUGCGCGAGCACGCGCAGGCGACGCGCGACGCGUCGGAGCUCGUGGACGCGCGGCUCCGGGCGGGUGCCUCCGAGGCGGACACGCACGAGAUGCGGCAGGUGCUGUCCGUGGCCGCGCUCUGCGUGUCGCGCCGCGCCGACGACCGGCCCGCCAUGAAGGACGUCGUGGCGCUGCUCGAGGAGAUCCGCCACCCCGCCGCGGCCGGGGACGACGCGAAGCAGCAGCAGCCGGCCGCCGCCGCUGCUGCGGCCACUCCGGUGCCGGUGUCGCCGGUGCGGGGCGCGCGCUCGGGGGGCCCGUCUUCGAGCUGCUCGUUCGCCGCCUCGGAGUAUUCUGCCUGACGGGUUUGCAAAACAAAAAUUUUGCGAGCGUAGUGAGCUUAGUAAAUUACUAUUAGCAGCUUAGCAAGCCAUAAAACAGUAUGUUGAUUAGCCAGCGUGCUACUGGUGAUGUUGUACUUAGGUGUAAUUGCCCUUGUACAUUAACCUGAAGAAUUUCGAUUCUAGAACAGAUUUAGAGUCGACUUUUUGGCCC